UUUUUUUUAUUGUUUACCCUCAUACCUAACGUGCAACCUGCUGUUGAUUGUACGCUCUUUCGCCUCCCUGUUUGACGCGAAAAGUAUAAAGAAAAAUCGAAAAGUGCGAGACAAGCAUGGUGGAAAUCGUUGCUCCGGCGAAAGAAAAGACGCGUAGGUAUACUUACACGGGUGAAGGUGAAUAAUAUAUCAUACGCUGCAAUAUACGCGCACGUUAUAUCUUACCUGUCCCGUAUGUGCAUACAUAAGCGCGCGCGCAUGCAGUGCAUCAGUGGUGUGUUGCGCGAGUCGAGCGAGCUGCAGGAGAGAGAAAGAUAAAAAAAGAGAAGAGAGAGAGAGAGCAGCGAUCGAAGCUAGAGAGAGAGAGAGCACACGGGUAUACAACUAUACGUCGUUCUGCCCGUGCGAGACGGCACUGUUUGUGUAUACAUAAGUGCGAGCCCUUUACCUCCCUUUCCUCCUUCGCUGCAGCGGUCUUCUUCCCUUUGGAGACACGGUUGCUGUACUUUCGGUGCACAAACUCAUCGCCCGAAGCUGAGUGAACGUCAAAAAAAAAAAAAAAAAACAAGAAGGAUGUAGACGUGUACAAUAUGACACAACAUGCAGUGGUGUUUUCGCGAAAAGUGUGUUCUGGUGAUUUUUGACCCUUGACGGCGAGGGGAGGAAGGAUACAUAGAAGGGGCGACCAGGAUAAAAAGGGGGAACGUCGUCACGGUGGAGAAACUCUGCACCGCGCAACAUAAUUGCGUUGCAUAUACAGCACACGCACGUACGCACACAACGGCCAAACAAAUGCGCUGAAAAUGCCGUCGCUGCUGGAAGCGCUGGAGCUCAAGUACGGCGACACGCCGGCCGAUUGUUGCCUAACCGACGACGAGCAGGAGCCGGUGUUGUCGGGCUCGCCGCGCAGCGCCGCGCUCUCGGUGAGCAUCUUCAUCCCGAAAAAGUCGCCGAGGCACACAGUCCCGGCCCUGCUGGUGCUCCAGGACUGCGACAUCGAGUGCGCGGGCGCUGACGACGAGAAACUGCGCAACAAGUGCCGGAACGUCGAGGAGCUCGAUCUCGCCCAGAACAAGCUGUCCAAGUGGGACGAGGUCUUUGGCAUCCUCCGGCACAUGCCCAAGAUCAAAUUCGUCAACCUCAGCUUCAACAGUCUCCCGGAGACGCUCGAGGUAAAGGAUGGAAAAUACGACGCGUUGCGUAAUCUCGUGUUGAACGGGACGCGGGUGUCGUGGUCGACGGUCCAGGGCUUGGUGCGGCUGCUGCGCAACCUCGAGGAGCUCCACCUGUCGCUCAACGAGUACAAAACGGUCGAGUUGAGCUUCGACCAGCCCGAGAAUCGCAACCACACCCUCAAGAAGCUCCACUUCACGGGCAAUCCCAUUGAGUUCUGGCACGAGAUAGCCAAGCUCGGCUAUGGGUUUCCGAAUCUGGAGAGCCUCGUGUUGGCCGAGUGUCCCAUCAGGUCGCUAAACAUGGAGGAGCAGGUCAGGUCGGAGAACGCGGAGAACGAGGACACGGAGAACAUGAACCACAUUGUCGAGAGGAAUAAUGGGCUGCACCUAGAGAAUGGCUGCACUGGAAAGAGUGAGUGCAGUAACAGAAACUUCGAGGAGGACGACAUGAUGCCAAACUACUGCAGUCGAACGGCGGGUCCAGUGACGACGACCAUGACCCCGGCGACCGAGUCCGAGUGUUGCGUCGAGUCGAGUAAGGCCAGAUCGGCGCACGACCCCUUCAGGCAACUCAGGUUCCUCAACGUCAACGGCACCCUACUCUCGACGUGGGACGACAUCGACAGACUCGCCCGUUUUCCCGCUCUCAAGUCCCUCAGGAUCCAAGGAUGCCCUCUGUUCGAGAGCUCGCGCGAAUACACGGAGCACGAGAGGCGCCAGCUGCUGAUAGCCCGGCUGCCCAACGUCGAGACCCUCAACGGUGGCGGCGUCAUAUCGUUGCAGGAGCGCGAGGACGCCGAGCGAGCCUUCAUCCGCCACUACAUGGACAAACCGGAGGCCGAUCGACCCACGAGGUACGACGAGUUGGUUGGCAUUCACGGGAAACUCGAUCCUCUGGUUAACGUGGAUCUCACGCCGGAGAAGAGGGUCAAAGUGAAAUUUACGUACGGCGACCUCGUCGAGGUGAGGUCGGUCGACGUCUACAGGACGGUCUUUGAGCUGAAAACCAAGCUGGAGUCGAUGGUGAAGAUUCCUGCGAACCGCAUGAGGCUAUUCUACAUCGACCAAGAGUUGAAAUCCUUGUACGGGCCCGAGGAGAUGUUGUACCCGAGCAAGCAGCUGUACCGGUACAACAUCCGCAACGGCGACGAAAUAAUAAUUGACAGCAAACUCAACCGCUUCGCCUCCCAGCAGUCCUCGACGACUACGGCGGCCCAGCAAUCGUCCAUACGAUCCUGAGGGCGAUCCUGCCCGCGCUAAGGUCCGCCUUGGGCGCGAUCGGGGUACGCUACAUAUAUCGGACAAGAUUAUCCUUAUCCUUCUUACCAUCAUUAUACAACAAUGUCGAUGAAUUUGUAUGCGACCAAGUGGGAGUGGAACUCCCGAAAAGUGCAAGUGUGCGCGCGUCCCGAGGACGAUUUGUCGCGAGAGGACGCCGACAGUGUUUUUGAUAUUUAUCCACGACGUUACGAGUACAUUAAUCUUCAUAGCGGCCGUAUUUGUCUGUCGAUUUUUCAAGGGUCCGAAGGGGGUGCUCGAGUCGAUUGAAUUGCCGUCCGAGUUGUUGUCAGUGGCGAGGAUCUCCCUCGCGGUGCGUCCAGUUUCAAGAG